ACAUUGGCUAAAAAGCCCAGCCCACUUUCAAGCUCUUCUCUUCCGUCCACAUCUAUCGCUCUCACUCCAGUCCACAUCAUUAUCCAUUCCAUCAAGGUAGAGCGGCCAAAGCCAACCCACGUCUGGCCGGUCGUUCCGUUCCGCUACUGCUAUUUGUGUGUGAGUGAGCGCAGCGAGCUAACGAGGAUUGUGUGAGUCCUCGCCAAGGAUUAGUGGAGUUGGUUUGUCCUCAGUAGAUACAGUGUCGCGGCAGCUGCAGUUACAUCAAAGGCUUUAGCUCGCUCUUCCAGGUCACAUCAACGGGAACGUUGCUGGAUAAUAAUCGUUUGUUAUCCCUCUCCACUGUAAUAGCUGCUGCCAGUGCUGCUGCAGAUUCGCCUUUCCGUGGCAAAGGCUACAUUUUUCCGAACGGACUUAUAAAUGUCGGACCUCAUCGGAAUGAUGCACUGAAGAAAGACUAGGCUACAUGCAAGCGUCUGUCCAGAGGCUGCAGUAUAGCUGAGCGAUUGCAGCACACUGUUGACGAUUUUUUUUACGGUUCCACAGUCUAACAUCAGUGGUUGUCUGUAAAGGGAGAAUCGUGAAUUUCGAUCGCCCUGCGCUCGGCGAAAACAUAAUGGCCACUCUACUGCGGAAAAUUGGUCUGAUUCGUCUUCACGACCGGGACACAGAGGACCCCAAGCAUCACCAGGGCUCGCUAAAGGGGACCAAGGGGAACACCAAGAACACCAAGCAGCACUGUCAGACCACCAACGAGACCAACAACCUCCUCAGCACCCCCGAGAUCAAAGCGAAGAAGCUGGACCAGCACAACAGCAAGGACAAACCGUCCGUAAAGGAUAAGCAACAGGGCAAGGACGCCAAUGAGAAACAGCAGAUGGGAGGCGGAGGAGGAGGUGGGAUCGGGGUUGGAAAAUCAGCGACCAGUGCCUCAAUACCACCACUAGCCCCUCACCGGCAGCACUGCACCCAAGUCCGGACGAGGAGACUUAUGAAGGAACUCCAGGAGAUCCGGCGGUUGGGAGACAACUUUAUAACGGUCGAGCUGGUCGACGACAAUCUAUUUGACUGGAACGUCAAGCUCCACCAGGUGGACAAAGACUCCGCGCUGUGGCAGGACAUGAAAGAAACAAACACCGAGUUCAUUCUGCUGAAUGUCUCUUUCCCCGACAAUUUCCCGUUCUCUCCGCCAUUCAUGAGGGUGCUCACCCCCCGGUUGGAAAACGGGUACGUUCUGGACGGUGGAGCGAUAUGUAUGGAGUUGUUAACCCCACGCGGAUGGUCCAGCGCCUACACAGUGGAAGCCGUGAUGAGACAAUUUGCGGCAAGUCUGGUAAAAGGACAGGGGCGUAUCUGCAGAAAAGCAGGGAAGUCCAAGAAGGCGUUUAGCCGCAAAGAGGCGGAGGCCACCUUUAAGAGUCUGGUGAAGACCCACGAGAAGUACGGCUGGGUCUCCCCCCCUGUGUCUGACGGCUGAGGAGACGGGCCGGCCACGACGCUAGCUAGCCAUGCUAACCAUGACACACCACGCUAACUCGACUCCUCCUCCUUGACCAUACCACUCCACCGCUCCAGUUGUUUUCGGUUGCUUUGGGUUUUUUCUUCUUGUUGUUUUGAUCAGCUCACUGAGACUUCAGAAGGAACAAAUGAAGGAACGCUUGCCUACUUCGUCUUCACUUUGCCGAUAAUCGUCAUAAUCUCGUCAUCAUCAAACCUUCCUCCAGCGCUGCACUCCUCCCUCCCUCCUUCUCUCUCUCUGCGUUCAUCCCUCCUUCGGGCUGAGUAGAAGGUUCUGCGGGAUGUGCGUGAACUGACUUAUUCAGGAAAGUGUGUGUGUGUGUGUCAGCGGAGUGUUUGUCACAGUGGUUGAUGGAUUGGGUUUCCGACACACGCACACACACACCAACCACACACCCACACUGACUGUGUGGGGAUCUGUGGAAAGACUGUGAAAGACUACAUGAGAAGAGGGAAAUGUAUCCCCUCUCCUCUUUUGUCCCACCCUCCCAUCUCACCUUCCUUCCUCUCCUCUUUUAUCCCACCCUCUCAUCUCACCUUCCUUCCUCUUCUCUUUUGUCCCAUCCUCCUAUCUCACCUUCCUUCCUCUCCUCUUUUGUCCCACCCUCACAUCUCACCUUCCUUCCUCUCCUCUUUUGUCCCACCCUCCCAUCUCACCUUCCUUCCUCUCCUCUUUUAUCCCACCCUCUCAUCUCACCUUCCUUCCUCUUCUCUUUUGUCCCACCCUCACAUCUCACCUUCCUUCCUCUCCUCUUUUGUCCCACCCUCCCAUCUCACCUUCCUUCCUCUCCUCUUUUAUCCCACCCUCUCAUCUCACCUUCCUUCCUCUCCUCUUUUGUCCCACCCUCACAUCUCACCUUCCUUCCUCUCCUCUUUUGUCCCACCCUCUCAUCUCACCUUCCUUCCUCUCCUCUUUUAUCCCACCCUCCCAUCUCACCUUCCUUCCUCUCCUCUUUUGUCCCACCCUCCCAUCUCACCUUCCUUCCUCUCCUCUUUUGUCCCACCCUCUCAUCUCACCUUCCUUCCUCUCCUCUUUUGUCCCACCCUCCCAUAUCACCUUCCUUCCUCUCCUCUUUUAUCCCACCCUCUCAUCUCACCUUCCUUCCUCUCCUCUUUUGUCCCACCCUCCCAUCUCACCUUCCUUCCUCUCCUCUUUUAUCCCACCCUCUCAUCUCACCUUCCUUCCUCUCCUCUUUUGUCCCACCCUCUCAUCUCACCUUCCUUCCUCUCCUCUUUUGUCCCACCCUCACAUCUCACCUUCCUUCCUCUCCUCUUUUAUCCCACCCUCCCAUCUCACCUUCCUUCCUCUCCUCUUUUGUCCCACCCUCCCAUCUCACCUUCCUUCCUCUCCUCUUUUGUCCCACCCUCUCAUCUCACCUUCCUUCCUCUCCUCUUUUGUCCCACCCUCCCAUCUCACCUUCCUUCCUCUCCUCUUUUAUCCCACCCUCUCAUCUCACCUUCCUUCCUCUCCUCUUUUGUCCCACCCUCACAUCUCACCUUCCUUCCUCUCCUCUUUUGUCCCACCCUCCCAUCUCACCUUCCUUCCUCUCCUCUUUUGUCCCACCCUCCCAUCUCACCUUCCUUCCUCUCCUCUUUUAUCCCACCCUCUCAUCUCACCUUCCUUCCUCUCCUCUUUUGUCCCACCCUCACAUCUCACCUUCCUUCCUCUCCUCUUUUGUCCCACCCUCUCAUCUCACCUUCCUUCCUCUCCUCUUUUAUCCCACCCUCCCAUCUCACCUUCCUUCCUCUCCUCUUUUGUCCCACCCUCCCAUCUCACCUUCCUUCCUCUCCUCUUUUAUCCCACCCUCCCAUCUCACCUUCCUUCCUCUCCUCUUUUGUCCCACCCUCCCAUCUCACCUUCCUUCCUCUCCUCUUUUGUCCCACCCUCUCAUCUCACCUUCCUUCCUCUCCUCUUUUGUCCCACCCUCCCAUCUCACCUUCCUUCCUCUCCUCUUUUAUCCCACCCUCUCAUCUCACCUUCCUUCCUCUUCUCUUUUGUCCCACCCUCUCAUCUCACCUUCCUUCCUCUUAUUCCUCAUCGCUCUCUCUAGCUGACACUACAUUGCACUGAACUGAAGUCCAUCCAGUCUGCCUGAUCAUUUAAAUACAGACCAGGCUGUUGAUGUUUAAUAGACAGGCAGUGCAGGACGGCAGCUCAUGCAUUCACCCCUUCUUUUUUAUUAGAUUUUUCUCUCCUCUGUUCUUUUCUUUUGCCUGUGCUGUUUUUCACAGUUCAAUGCAACAUGAAGAUUGUAAUGUAUGUAGAGCUGUGCUCUCUCUCUUCAUCUCGCUUUCUAUCGUUAAUUCUCCUCUCUCUCUCGUUCUCGCUCUAUCUUUGUGGCUAAAUUUAGACCUCACUGUGUUGCGUAGACGGUUAUUGAUUUCUAACAAGAAAAAAAAUCACUUGCUUUAUAUGCAGAGACUGUACAAUUAAUAGAAUAACAGUCAACCACAGCGAUGUCUCUCUCUCGCUGUCUCUCUCGCUGGCUCUCUCGCUGUCUCUCUCUCGCUGUCUCUCUCUCGCUGUCUCUCUCUCUCUCUCGCUGUCUCUCUCUUGCUGUCUCUCUCUCUCUCUCUCUCUCUCUCCUUUCUCUCUCUCUCUCUUACUGUCUCUCUCUCUCUCUUACUGUCUCUCUCUCUCUCUGGUCAUAUUAUCAUGUAUAGAUGAAGACCAGCAGCUAUAAUUCAUAAUUCAGGAUUUAGAUACCAGAUGGUCAAGCUAAUAAUCAGGCCCCUGAAAGGUGUGUGUGUGUGUGUGUGCAUUUGUUUGUGCGUGCAUGUGUCUCACCAUGGCUUUUCAUUGUGUUCCUAUGUGAAGACAACUGUACAAUGCGGAUCCUUUAACUAUCAGUAUCCCAGUAAUAGUAUUAGUACAUUACUGCAUGAGAUGUUGUUACAAUGCUAAUGGUGAUGGUGAUAUCCCGACCAGAGGAAAUCAUCAUCUCUACUAGUUCCCUAUGGGACUGUACACCACACAUUAAGACUGCAGAGUGUGUGUGUGUCGUUGUGUGAGGUACUAGUGGGUAUUUUGCAUUGGCACAUCACAUACACACUCAACAUUUAGCGUUGGCACGCGCGCACACACACACCUGCCAGCGUGGCUGUGUGUGAUGAUAACACCCCUAAAUUAGGAUGGACAGAGCAGAACCCUGGCGAGGAUGGAGUGGUGGAAUAAUAAACAAGUGCCCUCUGAGAGAUGACUGUGUCUCAGUGAGCUCCUGAUUAAUGUCUGGAGAGCGGGAGGGAGAAGGGGAAGGAGAGAGGGAGGAAGAGAGGGAAGGAGAGAGGGAGGAAGAGAGGGAAGGAGAGAGGGAGGAAGAGAGAAGGAUGCAAACUUUGAUGUUUACCGCCAGCUCCUCGAAAUGUCAGCUGGAAUCCAGAAUGGCUGAAAAAAAAGUAUGUGUGUGUAGCUUCCACAUCCCUCUUGUUAUGCUGUACAGUGUAUGUGUGGCUGGGAAUGAGCACCACAAGAAGCUAGUUGCUAAUUGCCGUGACAUUUGACCAGAGAGUUGAAUAACUAGAUGAAUAACUAGUGAGAGUCAGAUGAAUAACUAGUGAGAGUGAUGACGUCACACCUCCUGCUCUGCACACACACACACACACACACACACACACACACACACACACAUACACACACAUCCUGCACUGCUGGGUCAGGGGUUCUAGACAAACUCACUUUUUGUUUUACAUUGUGUGUAAAGCAAUGUUCAUACAGUACAUCCUUAUAGACUAUGUUCAUCAUCAAGGGGGAUGAUAUGUGUGUGACGGUCUCUUGGACACAGUUAAAGACAUCCCCAUCUGGUAUCUAAUCAUGAGAAAGGGUACGUUUUAAAAUGGUACCCUACUGUAUUACCCAUCUAGUGCAAUACUUGUGACCAGAGCCCUAUGUAGGGAAUAGGGUGCCAAUGGGAUGAGGCCUAAGUCAGUGCUGACGGUCUUCUUCCUUUUCUGUUGGGGACAGUCAAGUCAGGGAUGGCUGUGGGCGUUUCUCUGUGCUUAUGAUGAGAGGAGAAAACUACUGUAAAAUUAAGAAUUAAUAUAAGACAAAAUAUCUCCAAAUUGGGUGUUUGCUGGUUUAAAGAGAAUCAUUUUGAGGUAUAGUUUAGAUCGGUAGUUUGCAGACACUAACUGGGUGAAUCAAUUCUGUUGUAUUAUAUCUGCAUGUGGUAAGUGAUUGGUAGCUAGCUAUCUUUUUCAAGAAAAACAAUGGAAAAAAUGACGACGGGGUAAAAAACGAACAGCAAAAUACUUCUCUUCUCUUGUUCUCUUGAUUUCCGUUUUCUGUAUUUAUAUUUUUCUUUCUGACAUCCUAAAAAAUACUUUCACGUUAUGUUCUUUGAAUGUUUGUGUUUUAAUUUAUUUGUGGUUUGCCAAAAUGAAGAUGUUGAAGCAUGUCGCAGGUAUUGUCACAGAAAAAGAGAAAGAAAAAAAUCCUAACUAAGAAUGAUGAUGCUUAUCUGUGUCAGAAGGAGUGUGUUCAGUUGUAUAUUUUGUUGGAGACUUUCAAAGAACCAGAUUAAGAAGGACUAGACAAUGAUGUCAACAUUCUCCAGGAACUAAUUUCACUGGGAGCAGAACUCUAUGGAACCCACUGGAACUGAAGGAUCAAUCGGAAUACUCGGCUCUCACGUGUAUUUCCUACUCUCUUCUGUGAUAUCACUGAUGUCCAUCCUUCUUUUUCUGGUUCCAGACUUCAGUACUGUUCGGGUAGAAGUUGCCCUUAGGCACAGAUCUAGGAUCAGCUUACCCUGCCUAAAUCCUAACCUUCACGAUUAGAAUGGAAUCUGCCCAUAGAUCAGCUUCUUGGGGCAACUUCACCCUACUCCUGACUGAAGUGUCUAGUCCAGGCUGAGGUCAAAAGUUCAAAAGGUGAAAGGUCGUUGCAAGACCAAACAGGAAUGUGCAAUAAAAGUUACAGCUUAUUGAAA